UUUCAGGUUAUAUGAAACUAAGAUGGAGUUAAAACAUUAGUAUUAUCAUACCAAUAACUGACUAAAACUUGUGGAAUAGAUUAAAGCCAAGUGGGUUCAAAAAAUGCUAUCACGAGUGAAAGAGGGAUUUAAGUCGACGGUGACUAACAUCGGAACUGCCCUCAGCAACCCUCUCAUCAGAGAAUAUGAGAUCGGUUAUCACUUCGCAAGUGCCGGAACAGGACUGUCCUGGAAAGUAUAUGAAGGAAAGAGGAGAUCAACUGGCCAGGAAGUCAGCAUCUGGCUCUUUGAAAAGCGUCAAUUUGAUAAAAUGCCAAAGAAAGAUCAACAGAUUGUAUUUGAUACACUUAAACGUGGAGUGCAGCAGCUAACGAGGCUGAGACAUCCGAAGUUAUUGAUCGUGGAACAUGGCGUCGAAGAGUCACGUGAUUCUCUGGCUUUUGCAACUGAACCCGUUUUUGGAAGUUUGUCCAAUAUCCUGGGAGCACAUUUCAAUCUUCCCUCACCGGUUCCGAAAGAUCUCAAAGAAUAUGAACUGUUUGAAACCGAAUUAAAAUAUGGUCUGCUUCAAAUUACAGAAGGACUUUCGUUCCUACACAAUGAUGUCAAAAUGAUACACGGAAAUAUUUGUCCUGAUAAUGUUAUCCUCAAUAAGAUUGGAGCGUGGAAGCUCGCCGGGUUUGAUUGUUGCAUGACUAACCAGACCCCGACAGAACAGGAGCCCAAGUUUUUAUUUAGGGGCUGGGAACCUGACAACCCGAUUCCAGCUAAGCCAUCUUUAGACUACCUUGCUCCUGAGUAUAUUUUGUCACAAACUGCCGACCGAAGUAGUGAUAUGUUUUCAUUGGGCAUGGUCUUUUACACAGUAUUUAAUCGAGGCCGUCCUCUGUAUGAUAAUGGACACAUGCUUUCUACAUUCCAGAAGAACGCUUUACAACUAUCCAGUUUGAGUUCUCUCCAAGUCCUUAAAUGCAUCCCUGAAGACGUGAGAGAACAUGUACGCAUGUUGCUCAGCGUAGACGCCAACGUUAGACCGGACGCAAAUCAACUGGCCAAGAUCCCAUUUUUCCAGGAUGUAGGUGCUGUUACAUUGCAGUACCUGGAUACGCUAUUCCAAUGGGAUAAGGCGCAGAGAACUACUUUUUACAAAGGUCUGAAGAAAGUAUUAGAAAAGUUACCGCAGCGCGUCCUGUUACAAAGAGUUCUGCCAUCAAUUGUACAGGAACUGAAUAAUAAGGAGAUGGUUUUAUUUGUUUUACCGAACGUGUUAUUCAUAGCUGAGAAAUGCACAAAGGAAGAAUAUGUCACAAAAGUGCUGCCUCAUCUUAAAGAAGUCUUCCUGAUGACUGAGCCAAUUCAGAUCAUUUACGUCUGCGUUCAGAAGUUGGACGUCCUUUUGGCUAAAACUCCCUUGGAUGACCUGAAAAGUCAUUUGUUCCCAAUGUUGUACAAAGCUCUGGACUCGCAAGAUCUAAAAAUACAGGAGCUCUGUCUUAAAGUCAUUCCUACCUUCGCUGUGCAUGUUGAUUUCCCCACUCUUAAGAAUAACGUGGUUCCCAGAUUGAAAAGGAUCUGUCUGGAAACUAAUGUAUUGAGUGUAAGAGUGAACAGUUUGGUGUGUAUGGGUAAAAUGCUGGAAUAUCUGGACAGGUGGUACGUACAAGAUGAGUUGCUACCUUUCACAAAAUCCAUUCCAUCGCACGAACCAGCAGUACUGAUGGCUAUUCUGGGAAUCUAUCAAGUGACGCUGAACAAUUCAAAAUUGGGCAUGAGUAAAGAUACGAUGGCAACUAAGGGAAUCCCGUUUCUGUUACCUCUGGCGAUUGAUUCCCAGUUGAAUCUCUCUCAGUUCCAGAAGUUCAUGGUGGUGAUUAAGCAAAUGCUGGAGCAGAUAGAGACGGAGCAGACGACUAAAUUAGAACAGGUGUCUGCGUAUGAGAAAGAACAGAACCAAGCCAUCGAUCACAUCAUGAACGAAGGCUCAGACGAUAACCCAGACUCAAUUCUGUCCUCUAUCCUGGCUGAAAAAUCGAGCGAUCCCUCGAGGGAAAUAAAAAAGAUCACAACUGACCUGGACGAAUUGCUGGGAUCCAAUUUAGAGUCACCGCAGAAGAAAUCCCCCAAAAGUAUGUCGAACGGAACUACAACUGAAAGAUCAAAUGGAAGCACAUCUCUAGUGAAGCAACAACCUCUCACUCUUGAACAAAAGCAAAAAUUGAUGAAAGACAAAGAAAUUAUGAAAAAUCUGGAACGUCAGAAUCCGCUGGAAGCCAACAAGUUGCAGAUGACCCAAAAAGCAACUGUUGCUCCUAGGAAUCUGACAGAAUCAUUAGGCACGGCACCAGCAAUUAACUCUCAUAUUUCUAAUGGCGGCAGCUCUAGUAGUUUUGGACCUAAUUAUAACAUAUCAGUCAACAGUCAAAGCAACACUUACGCAGCACUACCCGCUAACACGGGCGGAAAACCAAAUUAUAUGCUAGGAGCUCAGUCGGGAGAGCCAAUGGGAAACAGUCUGGUCCUUCACCCGAUGAGUCAGCAAUUCAAUCAGCAAAAUCAACUCGCAGUUUUGGGCUCCCAGCAGAACCAACCGACUCAAAAUGUCGGUCCAAGUUCACUCGACAGUUUAUCAGUUCUGCCCAAAAGCAAUAACAUGAAUACAAUGGCUGGAUCCAACAUGAAUAUGCAAUAUAGACAUCAAAUGAUGACAGGUGCUCCUGGAUCCCAGAUGGUAUCCCAGCAAUUUGGUAUGAAUAAUGCAAUGCAACAGAGCUUCAGACCUCUCGCGGCGCCUCAGUUUUCCCCUCAAUUCAUGGCCAAUCACCAGAAUAAUAUGUCACCUCAGCAGAAAAGUAUUAAGCCGCUGUCGAACAGCGAUUUGGACGCAUUUUUACAAUAAAAUUCGCUUACAGAGAGAAAGAUAAGAGUUUGAAAUGGGUUAAUUAAUUGGCAUGCGUAUCUGUCACAAUUUGUCCUCACUAUUUGGACCAGUUCAAGUGAAAUCAAUAAGGUAGAAGGACGUAUUUUUUAGAGAUUGGUGCUAGCUCCUUGAUCGUACUGAGCACUCCGUUUACUUCUAUCAGAAUUCAGAAAUCAAGUUCAAAAUGUCUAUAAAUUCGAUCUUAAAUUCUAUCAAUUUUUAUAUUAGUUCAUCUUUCUGUAAAUUAAUUAAAUUACGGUUCUUGCAAUUGAUUCUUUGAUUGAUGAAGUAAUGAGAGUUUUGCGGCCAAAUUUAAUCUUACGAAAAGAAUUAAGUUCACAAAGCUUCGUGCAAAUGCAGAAGUGAUUUCCCAUAUUCCCAUAUGGUUUUUGCGACAUAGAUAAUCUCAUUGUAUAGUGCUUCUGGACUUAAGUGAAAUUACUUAAUUUUUGUUCCGACCACGCCGCGAAUUGACAGACGGAGAUUUUCACGAUGAGUAGACUGCUCAA